AUGCCACCCGAGAGAUCAAGCGGAUCCACAAGAACAUGUCAAUGUCCUCAUCCAUCCCAUAGCGCACCAACAGGAGCUAAAGUGUGUGCAUCAGCAGUCCAAGGAUUGAAGGGAUGUGAAUACUGUGUGGUCACCGAUGGGCAUUCGAGAAGUUACCAUACCGCGAAUGAAGAUUAUCCUGAAGAAGGUGACAAAUGGUUCAAGGUCUACGAUGACAUGUUAAAAUGGAAGAGCGAUCCUCAAACUAUCAGACCAGAGGGCAGUGGUACUUACUGGUUAGGUUUUCUGAAACAUCAUGGUGGGUAUGCAGAAUUGGGUUUACGUAGACCCCGACUCAAAGCAGACGGAGCCUCAAACGCUUCGAAUAGAGACGAGAGUUCAAGUGAGUUUAGACCAACAAGUGCUAGGGAGGUGGUGGACCUCACAUCGGAUACACCUUCAACAUGGUGGAGUGGCGCAGAGAACCCUUUUGACUUAAAUACGCCUUAUACCCAGUACAGUCACGACACUGAUUAUACUGUCCCUGAUGGUACUCCCUCAACGCUUGGACAUGGAUCAUACGAUAUUUAUAAGACCUUACCAGAAUUUCAAGGUCAUUUCCCUCCAAUACAACGGCCUCAAAUUCAAAGUGUGACUGAUAUGAGCAUCGCUCCUCGGUGGCAAGAUCACUUUCCACCUCUUGGAAUGCAACAGCCACAGCAACAGCAACAGCAACAAGCUUUCGACUUCGUCACCGAAGGUGGAGAUACGACGAUGUCGGAAGAAGACCAAAAAUGGUGGGAAGAGAAUACCAGGGAUUUCCAAUCUUGA